ACGAGAUUAGCGGUUGCUAAGUGUUUUUCUCCUACCAGCCUGCUCGCAUAUGCCGUAGAUGUCUUUAAAUUUCCAGCCAUAUCAUGAAUACAGAUCCUUGGGACAGCUGAUGGUAAUUGCAGUUCGCUAAGGAUCGUGAAGGACGUACGUGUAACUUGUGAGUAUUAGGAUGUCGUUUAGCGGUGUCGAGGGAAGUCAUUUCUUCGACGGAUCUAUUUGAAAUAUUGGCAGCUAGUCAAUUUUGCAGUCCCCAAGUAAUAGCGCUUUGCUGAGUGGGGAUAUAGUUGGGAUUAUGUUUCCGAAACUCGUCCAUCGGGUUACGCCUUUAUUGUAUGGGUGUAGUUCCGCUGACGGGCUUACGGGCUAAUGCGCGGGAGUGAAAGAAGACCAUAUAUCGAAUUGAGAAAUAUAAAAAUAGCACAUAACCUUUUUAUAUGCAUUUAAAAACACAAUCGGCAGUACUUUUAUGGCAGGAAGAACAUAUCCUGGCUAAGCCUACCGGAUUUGGGGGGUGUAGUCUGUGAAAGUCACAGGAGAGUUCAAUCAUAUCAUAUACAUUAGGUUAGCACCUCAGUGGGUUAUAGUCCAGGCCAUGUACGCACAGAUUGGGGUGUCCGCCUCCUCCCCGGGUCACGUUCUAGGCGGUGGUGACCUCAGAUUCUGCCGCCCUGCCUACUGUCAAAAAUUGCGAAUCAUCUUGAAGAAACUCGCGGCAAAAUUUGUAUAAGUUUCACAUGGCAUUCCGCGUCCAUCCUUGUUUCAUCCGUUAUUCUCUGUUCUUUCUGUUAAAAUCAUUCGUUCUUUUCCGUUUAUUUCUCCUUCGUGAAGAAGGUCAUAAGCCCAUCUACGAAACUAGAACCAAUUUUAUCCUCAGAAUUGGACUCUACCUGUUCAAGGCCUUAGGUAGCGCUUUCGCCACUAAGCAUCAAAUUAUCGUCUUCAUUAUAAAAAUUAAAACGAUAUCUAGAUGUGGUGUAUCGCGCAUUCGAAAGACCGAUGAUGAGAUAUUGCUGUAGCCCUGCAUUAUCAUUUGCCAGCCUUGCACCCCCAGCAUGAAUGUGAUACAUGCUUCAGAUCACGUAAGUCUGGACUAUGCAGAGAAAAUUGCACCAACGGAUGGUGGUGUUCAUGGAGCUGCUUGCCGUAAUCAGCCAUGCUCAGGCAGGCAAUGUCACUACCGUCACAUGGGGGAGCCUGUAUCCUAUAGAUACUCACAGGGAACUGUGCCGACAAUUGACUUAAAGCAUUUCAACCCAGGGAAAACACCCAGAGAGCACAGCCGGCGCCCGGAUUUGAACCGGGGCCACCUCCAGUCCUCGGCCUAGAAUACCAUCAUCGUAACCGCUAGGCCACGGGAGCUGAUGAAUCAUCGUGACAUAUCAUGAUCAGCAGGACAUAGGCUUUUAGCAUUAAGUAUCAAUAAGGCCAGUAGGAAAAGCCGUUGUGUCAUUGGGGAACCGAAGACGUGGGGUCUCCGAAUUCGCCUAAAACUGAUCAGAGCCGUUUUCGAAAGGGUCAAACAACCUACUCAGAAAAUAGUUCACCUCGAGGAGUGUGUGAUGAACCGAGUCUCGCGUACAAAAAGGCCAAGCGGUAGCACAUCGCCAAAAGGAAAGAGGUGCCUGAGGAGAAUAGGACUGCAUCCCGCGAGGGUAUUUGCAAACAUGUGCAGCGUGACGAGAUGUCAUUUGGAGCGAUUGGGAUCGGAGUCACUAUAGAGGGACAAGGUGAAGGAGCUGGGGAAACACGCCACUCCGGUUCCUAAUGCUGUUCAAAAGGGUCAUGUCAUAUACUUUGGUAUGGUGUCAUCCCCCCCCCCCCCACCCGAAAUGAAAAUACAGGGAACAUUCCUGUUAUGUGCUGUUUAUCCAUGGAAGUUUUCCAUGGGAGCGAGAACGCAAGGUAGGAUAAGCCGAACUAGCUGUUGUAAUACGUUAUUUAGUUUCAGCACAGGAUGACAGGUGAACACUUAAACGAAGUGGAGCGGACGUGUAGUGGAGAGAAGUGGUGCACAUUACUUCACAGUAUAUUUUCCAGAUAUGCUUGUUCUCGUCCAUGGCACCAACUUUGACACGCAACACCUUGAAGGUAAUAUCUUCUGGUACUAACAUUGUGGCGCAGUGAUUGCUCGUGCACUGCAGCUUGUCAGUAAACGCACCAACACGAUAAGGUAAUAACGGUGCUUGCUUUAGCGUCAGACAUCUGAACGGUGAGCUGUAUUAGAUGUUACGUCACCACGUCUGGUAAGUGCCUAGUCUCUAUACAGCAUUCCGGGGUAAGUAAUCGGACAGCGCUUUGCUAUUCUUCCAGGACAGUUUUAGUUUUAUUUUUAUUCCACGAUCUACUGCUUUACUUGUUUUCGUUUUGUUUUUUUCUUUCUUGUUUUCAGUCAUGCUGUGCUCUUGCUUCUGCUUCAAAGUCACUUCUGUACAAAAUUUUCCUAAUAAACGAUUCUAAACAAACGUCUCUGACGUAGUUAUCCUAUCACAUUACAUCACCAAUACUUUCACUCGUGGAAACCAUUGCGCGAUAGUUUUUAGUGCUAAACAUCAUUUUCAGAGCCUCUGACUCCAAUUUUCUGUGUGCGUAAUGCUGUGUUGGGCCGCAUACCCACAUGCGGGCAAUGUCUGCGGUAUAACGCGAACCCGGCGCGGUAAACCCUUGCCGCGAGCAAAGGGUCCAACGUGGUGGAGGGUCCAACGAGCUGGAGGAUCCACCGCUGCAUCCUUCCGUUAGUUGUAUAGUUUGACACGUUGGAUCUUCCAGCACGUUUGGACCCUCCUGCUCGUUGUAUACUCCAACACGAUGGAUCUUUCAGUACCUCUGGAUCCUUUAGCUCUUUGGAAACUUCUUCACGCGUUCCCCUAUACUUUGCUGGAAAGAUUAAUACCGCAAUCGCCCCCGGCGAUGAGACUCCCCGCCCAUUAGCCUGAAAUAAAGUUGUUUUUGUUAAUACCGCAAUAAACAGAUGGCCGAAAAACAUUGCGCGGGUGCGGUUGGGGACUAUACUAUGCAUCGGUUGUAUGCACAUCACUGCGAAAGGAAAGCGCGGAUACGCACGGAGCCGUAAAUCAAAAUGAACGGUAGCAUUCGUGUGUGUUAUUCAUACCUGGCUGAAUGUAAUUAAUUUACAAGGAAUGUAAUUGAGGAAUGCCAUUGCACGGCCAUUAGUGCCAGCCAGCCUCAUGAGGCUUUGAGGCUCUUUUUCUCACUUUACUUCUAUGGAGUUCUCCGUCAGCAGUUAGUCAGAGCUGGGGUAGCAAUACUUCCAGCGAGUUUCCUCGUGGGUCAGUGAAAUGACGAUUCGAUGAUACUGCGCUCCGCUUAGAACCGUGGCCCGCCGUCAUACUGACUUUGAUAUCUUGCCGGACGUUGGUGUCACAAUCUGAAAAGCGGACGUCAACGGCCGACAACGCUUCGUCGUAUGCCUGACGGGGCCGCUUUCGCUUUCCGUCCGAACUUCGUACGGAUACCUGUUGCCCAGAACUUGAGAAGCUGUAGCAUCCUCUUGUGGUGUGCACCUAUGCGGUGUCCUCGGAUUGUCAGGGUCCGUAACCAACACAGGUGGGCAACCGGGCAUCGCUCUCCUUCCUUUCUGGCAGAUUUGCUGGCCUUGUAGUAUGCUAUGCACCGAUAGUAGCUGAUUGAAGGGUCUCUCGGAUGCUUUGAUUUGAACGAAAACUCCAGUACAGAAUUCGUCCACCUCCUCCAUUGGUACUGAAUGAUGUCGUGGGUCCUAUUGUGGGAGGGCUAAUACGUCGGGGCACUCCAGUUGGAAUUCAUACAGAAACGGUAGAUGCGCACAAGCCGACCACCACAACCAAACUAAGCAGAAGGGCAAUGGUCGUAAGGUGUUUAGCCGAUGAAUCGUCUUCAAACAAUGAAGUCGACGCGUGUGACCUGCGUAGGUGGCAUGUAAGACAUUCGGGAGGAAAUAUUCCAAAGGGCAGAGGGGCCGACAUUGUGAAGAACUAUUGAACUCCAAAAGGUAUAGGCUCUCGCAUGGCCUGGCACUAACGAUGUCUAUCUCAUGAGGGACGAAACCUCUAAGUAAAUUUUGUUACGUUGUGUCGGAGCUCUCAACUUUACCAUUUAUUAUUGUUGUUCUCUAUCAUUGGAUCCUUCGUCUCGCAUUGUAUCCUUCCUCCCGUUGGAUCCUUGUUCCCGUUGGAUCUUCCGUCUCUGCUUGGACCCAAGUUCAGGUUGGAUACUUGUUCACGGCGUCACGUGACCCGAUUGGAUCCUCCUUCUCGUUGGACCCUUACGCUCGUUGGACCCUCGAGCCACAAGCAGCCGCGAGCUAGAGUAGAAGGUCGAGUAUCGCCUCUGGCGAUAGAACUCCCCACUCAUCAUCAUUUAAAUAAAGUUGCUGUUGUUAUUGUCUUGCCGCGGGGUGGGAAAAAGCCGCUAUUCGUUGAUAGCGCAUCGCAUUUUUAGCGGCAUGCUACACAUUUUCGACCAAUCGGACGCGGUCCAGCGGAGACGGCAUGAAUGCACACGGCAUGCUGAAGGCGAUUCCGCACGUCGCAUCUCUGCCGCAUGUGGGUACGGGCCCUUACGAGACGUUCGCAGGGAGAUAGGACAGAAAUAUCAAAUCACACGAACUCCUAAAGAAUGCCCGCUUGUCGGGAUUUAAUUACUUAACAACUGAAAACGUACGUUUUGGGAGUAAUGCACAGGCAAAAAGUAUCCGCAAUAUUAACAAGGGUUCAAGCUUGUUUAAGUAUUGACCGUCAUUUCCGAUGUCAAUAUCUCAGAUUACCUAAUUCUCGUCGAGUAAAUAUUACGUGCGCUCCUUUGCAAGGGAGUGUGUUACUCACAGCACAAGGUGCCAGAGGUUCUACGCGAUUACCGCAUCUGUUGCCAUGCAAAGGUGUAUAAUCUAUCUGUCUUCUCAGAUACAGGCUACAGGGGCACAAGUAAAAAGUUAACGACUCUGAGUUCCACGAUGCUAUCAGCCAUCACCGGAGUAAACCCGCAUACAGCCAUUACGGAGAAGACAAUCAGUGUGCCCUACAGAACGAUACGCCCACGUCCACGGAAUAUUCUGGUGUGCGUGAUCGGAGACCCAAGUCUGACCACCGACACUGUAGUUCCACCCGCGGGCCUGUGUACCUUCUAUUUCUACCGUCCAGUGGAGACGCCUACACCGUUUGCCCAAAGCUCCUUUGGCUGGCAAUGGAUUCUGAAGCUCGCCAGCGACCACCCUGCUGCCAGCAAGUAUGGAGUUGAUAUCAGUGAAAGGCAUGUCAAUCUUUGGAACACACAUCUCUUGAACCAGGCGGACAGGAAUGUAAUUAGCACAUACAAGUCAUCCGGGGUUGUCAGCUACUCAGUAUUUGACACGAUGCUUGCAUGCGAUCGAACGCAUGAUGCCACAACGGACAUCAUCAAAGUCCUCAAGACCUUGCACGGCAUACCAGGCUCGCCCUCCUCCCAAGCAGGCCAAGAUACCCUCGACGUUAUAAUGAUAGGUGUUUCACCAUUACGUUCUGCUGUAAAGACGUGUGGUCAGAUUUUGAGGGACCACGUUCUUCGGCUCGUCAGAAAACUGAAUCCGUACGCAGUAUUGUUUAGAAGUACAUACAUGGCGCCACCGGAUUGCAUGCAACCAGCCUGCACGCCUAUCUGCAAGCUCCCUGGGAUGUCGAUCUGGAACGGUAGCGAGAUCGAUGACCAGCCAUCUAUGGUGGACGCACUGGAAUACAAGGGUAGCGUCUUCUUGCCGUCAAGUACGCUACCUAUGCUUUCAUUCAGCCCACGAGGGCGCAUGAUAGGGAUGCCAGGAUGCAACCUAUGUGAGUGGAGUGAAGGCCAACGCAACAUACCCCAGUGCACGCAUGCCUACAGCAUGAGAACUGCUUCAUAUGUUUGUAGAGGCGGCUCCACAUACUGUCAGCUUAACUCGUGGCCCGAGCAGCGCUCAAAGGACAUCCACGGGGUGCAAGAACUCUUGCGCAACAUUUAUUUUACUAGGAUACUCGCAUACGAAACCAACGCAACGCUAACGUUUAAGAUGUGCAACGCAGCAAAACAAUUUGGCUUCGACGGAAGCUGGGUUAUCUUCGACAUGGAAUACCAAGAUACGACGAAUGUCUGCAACGACCAGGUCUUUGCUGACAGCUUCGCCAUCGUGCAUUGGGUUAAGAAACACAUGGAAAGUAACUUCUACAUGUGCGAAGGAAUUUGGACGUAACACAACUCGACCACUUGUGGAAGGGUUGGGAGAUGAUUGUGGAUAUAUGGAUACAAAUGUGAUGGAAAACGACGCUGCUUGCUUACGCUUUGUUGCCAUGUUUCCGUGCUUUGGCUCCCAUGUGAUAUACUGUGCGCUCUACGCGCAGCGUGAAAUCAUAAUUGCUGCCCUGCCAACAGGCCAACCCAAACUAGUUACUGCUCCCACGGUUAGAACUGCGAAAUCUAAUAAACUUUUCCCCA